CUUUAAUUAACCUAAAAAUGUUGUCUCACAUUUAUUUCUACUCCACAUGUCCGGCUCAAUGAGUUGCUCAAAAUACGAAUUCUUGAACCCUCGAAUUGCUUUCUCCACCAGUUCGGAGCUGUUGUUCGUGCACCGAUGGUUUGGGGUCUCUUUCCCGUCGACCCACUUCCAGGUGAACAUGAAUAUUAUAUUUUCAGAAAAGGAACAUACAAAGUGGGUCGAAAAGGAUGUGACAUAAUUGUUAAUAAAGAUAAAGGAGUCUCAAGAGUCCAUGCAGAAAUUAUUGUAGAUGAAAUGAUUUGCAUGGAUCAUUUACCAAAGAGGCAUUCGAAUAGUUCCUCCAAAGUUAGGAUAAGAGACUGCUCAAAGUAUGGAACUUUUAUUAACAAGAAUUUGGGUUCUAAUGAAAAAGUUCACGACCUCCCCAAUAGAGAAACAAUGCUCAAGGAUGGGGACAUUGUUGCAUUUGGAACUGGAAACGCAAAGUACCGGUUUUCAUUUAUUUCCCUUGUCUUUUGUGCGCCCUCAUUUGAGAUGAAUCAACUACAAGACAAGAUGUCAUUGAUUGGUGCUACUGUCACUCGUAAUUGGACUUCUAAAUCAACACACAUGGCCCUUGAUGAGUUCGUCCAGAUCGAUGAUGACAUUGUUGAUGCUAUAGUGGCUAGAAAACCCCUUGUCAGAUUUAGCUGGAUAGAGUUAAUUGCAGGAACAACUAUUUGCAGUGAAAUACCGAGUUCCCUUUUACAUGCUCCAACUUUAAUAUUGGAAGGGGCAUCUCUUAAAGUGACAGACCCAAAAUCUCGAGAACAGUGUUUGAGAGGAUACACUUUUCUGUUGGAAUCCAUAUACAAGUAUAAAUUCAAGGAGAAGUUGCAUUUGUUGUUGGAUUUGGCCAGUGCAGAAGUUGUUUAUGUCGAAAGUCAAGAUCCAUGUAGCCAGAAUUUAGGAGAUAAUCAGGUGUAUGUGAUGCCAGCUGGAUCCACAAGUAGCAACAGAGGUUUUACUAAGUUCAAUUCUAUGCGUACAGUGAAAGAGAUGGAAUUAAUCUCAGCCGUUGUUUCUGGAAAUCUAGAUCCAUCUGUUAUGGCAUCAGCACCUGAUAUGGGAAGGUCAACAGAGAUAAAUAAAGUGCUGGUCACUUCUUCAUGUUCCACAGAUGAGACAGUGGUAGCAGAUUCUGAUGUAGAAAUGGGAACUGCAACAUCAAUUCCGGCAUCUGGCCCUUCUGAAGAUGAAUGUCUGAGAAAAAUAACAGUCCACAAAGCUGAAUGUGCCAAAUAUGAUUGUGUAGCUGAAAAUGUUGUUCAUAUUGAAGAAUCUACUAAGCAUGACAACAAAGAGAGUGCAGCUGCUUUCAAAACCAUUGCACACGAGAGGCAAGAAUUUUUACCUUCUAAUCGGGAUACCUUGAAGCCUGAUAGUCCUUAUCAGACUGCUAGCAAGUCUGAUGGUAUCAAUAUCACUUCAUUAAGGGACAGAAAUGAAGGUAACGUGACCAGAAAGGACAAGGGUCAUGCAUCUGAAAGUGAGAAUCUGGAUAUAAUAUACAGCCAAGAUCUAAUUGUUCGAGAGCCUAACUUACCACAAUCUGGUCCUUCUUCAUUAAACGGUGCGGCUAUAAAUUUCAAGCGUUUCAGGAAGACAAGUGCUCCAUCAGGGAACAGCUUCAACAACCUUAUUCCAUUUUCAAAGUACCCGUACGAAGAGUCAGACUAUGGGAAUGAAGAUGUGGCUGAAUCUGUCAAAGAGGAGAAAAAGCGUAAACAGAUGGAAGCGAUUGCAGAUGAUUUAUUUAACAAUGAGAAGGGGAGAAAGCGUGGUGCAUCAGGUUCUCUUCGUGAGCUUUUUGCUCGUGGUUAAUUGGGAAGUAUGACGAGUUAAGAACCCCAGAAGGUGAAUGUGUAUACUAGUACUAGAUUUGGUGAUACAUGUGCCAAAGAUCUUUGUUUUGUGUGUGCAGUGAAAAUAUAUUAUAUAUAUCUUUAUUCUAUUUUUUGUCGUAAGUCUUGUUGGCUGGUUGAGUAUAUGCUCAAUGUCAAUGGAUUGUCACGAUCUGAUUUCGCUUUGCAAGAAGUGGGAGUCUGAAACUGACUUCAUCAAUUGCUCAGUCUUGUGAGUUGUGAUCAGGCACAAAAAGAAGACCAUCUUUGCAACAAUUUUUCCAGGUCCUUUGUGAGGUUUGCUGUCAAACCCACUCCACCAUAGGGUCAUUGGAAAUCCCAUGUGCAAAUGCAACAGCAGCCUCAGUAGGCAAGCAAUAUCUUGGGUUUUUUGUGCUAUGCAAGUUUUGAGAAAGCCACCACAGCCUUCUUGUUCUCACUUUCAGUCCUCUUGAACCUGUCUGAAACAUCUUUAGCCCCUACAUUUGGACUAGGACUAAGUCCAAACCUCCAUAUCUCGAAUGAUAGAGGAUAGCUUGAUGUGAUUAGAUUUGACUAAAUUUCAAGGGAAUUUGCUUUCCAUAUAAGAUUUUGUUAGAUCUUAUAUCAACCUAAUCAUCCACGUGCUACGUAUGAUAUUUUCUUUUUUCCCAUUUGCACGAAUAGAAAAUGAACAUGAAUUUAUAAAAACCU